CGCGCGGCCCCGCAGGAGGUGGCGGCCCCGGGCGCGGGGAGGGGCUCGGGCGCCCGCGCCGCCGGGGAGCGGCCCCGCUUCGCCUUUGUGCCCGGCGCCGCUCGGGGCCCCGAGGCUGCCGAGGCCAUGAGCGAGCUGAAGGACUGCCCCCUGCAGUUCCACGACUUCAAGUCGGUGGACCACCUGAAGGUGUGCCCGCGCUACACGGCCGUGCUCGCGCGCUCCGAGGACGAUGGCAUCGGCAUCGAGGAGCUGGACACGCUGCAGCUGGAGCUCGAGACGCUGCUGUCCUCCGCCAGCCGGCGCCUGCGGGUGCUUGAGGCCGAGACGCAGAUCCUCACUGACUGGCAAGACAAGAAGGGGGACCGGCGGUUCCUGAAGCUGGGCCGGGACCAUGAGCUGGGAGUCCCCCCGAAACACGGGAAGCCCAAGAAGCAGAAGCUGGAAGGGAAGGGGGGACACGGGCCCGGCCCCGGCCCCGGGCGGCCCAAGUCCAAGAACCUUCAGCCCAAGAUCCAGGAGUACGAGUUCACCGACGACCCCAUCGAUGUGCCCCGGAUCCCCAAGAACGACGCCCCCAACAGGUUCUGGGCUUCGGUGGAGCCCUACUGCGCCGACAUCACCAGCGAGGAGGUACGCACGCUGGAGGAGCUGCUCCGGCCGCCUGACGACGAGGCUGAGCACUAUAAGAUCCCGCCUCUGGGCAAGCACUAUGCCCAGCGCUGGGCCCAGGAAGACCUGCUGGAGGAGCAGAAGGAUGGGGCCCGGGCCGCUGCCGUGGCCGACAAGAAGAAGGGCCUCCUGGGCCCCCUGACCGAGCUGGACACUAAAGAUGUUGACGCGCUGCUGAAGAAGUCGGAGGCCCACCACGAGCAGCCCGAGGACGGCUGCCCCUUCGGCGCCCUGACGCAGCGCCUGCUGCAGGCCCUGGUGGAGGAAAACAUCAUCUCGCCCAUGGAGGAUUCGCCCAUCCCCGACAUGUCCGGUAAGGAAUCGGGGGCCGACGGGGCCAGCACCUCCCCCCGCAACCAGAACAAGCCCUUCAGCGUCCCGCACACCAAGUCCCUGGAGAGCCGCAUCAAGGAGGAGCUGAUUGCGCAGGGGCUGCUGGAGUCCGAGGAUCGCCCGGCGGAGGACUCGGAGGACGAGGUCCUGGCGGAGCUGCGCAAGCGGCAGGCGGAGCUGAAGGCGCUCUCUGCCCACAACCGCACCAAGAAGCACGACCUGCUGCGGCUGGCGAAGGAGGAGGUGAGCCGGCAGGAGCUGAGACAGCGGGUCCGCAUGGCAGACAACGAGGUCAUGGACGCCUUCCGCAAGAUCAUGGCCGCCCGGCAGAAGAAGCGGACCCCCACCAAGAAGGAGAAGGACCAGGCGUGGAAGACGCUCAAGGAGCGCGAGAGCAUUCUGAAGCUGCUCGACGGGUAGCGCGUCCAGAGCCGAGGCCCCUCGUGUCCAGCCAGGGCCUGGGCCCCCCUCCAGGGCCGGCCUGGGGCCCAGUCUCCAGGAUAAGGGGGUUUCUUGCUGGGCCUUCCUCCUCCUCG